ACUUUUUAAACGGUCUUCCUUCAAAAAGUCGUGGGGUGCUCAAAGUGAAAGCGUCUCUUCUUGCUUUCAACGACCAACAUGACUUUUAACGCGACGACCGUCGCCGCCGUCGCACACGCGACCUCAGCUCACCAGCUAUACGCUAAUAUUGACCUCACGACACUCAGUUGGCUCGAGCAAAUGUGGGCUGCUUGGUAUAUGUGGAUCGACAACCCAAUUAUUGCUACGGGCCUCAUGAGUUUCUUGCUUCACGAGUUUGUGUACUUUGGACGUUCCAUUCCUUGGAUUAUCAUUGAUGCUAUUCCAUAUUUCCGUCGGUGGAAACUUCAGCCCAACAAGGUUCCCACUGCCCAGGAGCAGUGGGAGUGCACGAAAAUGGUCCUAUUCUCGCAUUUCACCAUCGAGCUUCCAGCUAUCUGGUUAUUCCACCCCAUGGCGGAGAACUUUGGUAUGAAUACCUGGCAGGUUCCCUUCCCUUCAUGGACGACUAUGCUCCCGCAAAUCGCUAUCUUCUUCGUCUUUGAGGAUAUAUUCCACUACUUUGCCCACCAGGCACUCCACACCGGUCCAUUGUAUAAGCACAUUCACAAGAUUCAUCACAAGUACUCGGCACCUUUCGGUCUUGCUGCUGAAUAUGCUCACCCUGCUGAGGUCUUCAUUCUUGGUACUGGCACCAUCGCUGGACCCGUCCUGUACUGCUGGUACACUCGUAACUUGCACAUUUUGACGGUCUACAUGUGGAUUACGCUUCGUCUCUUCCAAGCUAUCGAUGCUCACAGUGGCUACGAUUUCCCCUGGUCGCUGCAGCACAUCAUCCCCUUCUGGUCGGGCGCCGAGCACCAUGAUUUCCACCACAUGGCCUUCACGAACAACUUUUCCACCUCUUUCCGGUGGUGCGACCGCAUCUUUGGCACUGAUGACAAAUACCGCGAGUACCGUGCACGCAUCGAUGCCCAAAAGGCCGCAAUGAAGAACAAGAGCAAGGCUGAGCGAGAAGAGGCCGAACGCAAUCUCAUUGCAGAGAUUGAGGCCGAGGGUCAACGUGCAGAGGCUAUUGCUGAGGGCAGCAUGCCUACUCCCAAGACCGUCAAAGUCCAGUGAUCGAUGCAUCUAGAUAACGGUGGUAUGAUCUGAUAUGAUGGACGCAUUGCAUGAUCAUUCAUAGCAUAUACCCGUAGAAGUGCAAUAAUAUAUACAUCUGUUAAUUAUCCCUCGUUUCGUGGACAAUAAGGAAUAAUGCAUGU